AUGGAAGAUAAGUAUAUGGAAAUUAAAUCUAGUGAAGAUGAUUUAAUGGCUUCAACUGGUAGUAUUUUAAGUGGUGUAAUUGGAUCUAUUCCGGUCGUUGGUAGCUUUCUAAGUGGUAUUUUUGGUGCAUUUUGGCCAGGCCCUAAGUAUCUAACUGUUGAAGACUUUGAAAAAGAAAUUAAAAAAUUAAAAGAACAAAUGAUUGCUCUGAUGGAUCAAAAGAUUGAUGCUGCACUUGAUAGAGUUUUUAAUGCAAUUAUUGACACUGAAGUUUUAGCUUUAUUAAAUUCUGGUAAUAAUUUUUCAGAUGCUGUCAAUUUAUGGGCAGAAAGAAAUGGCCAAAAAGUCUCCAAUGUACCAAAAAAAAAAAGUAAAUUUGCUAUGGAAAUUCAAGAUUUAGGUGAUGAAGCAAUUAAAGAGCUAUGCAGAACUCAAUAUCAAAUAUUCACUGGUGAUGCUGAAAGAUGUCUUAUCCUAUUAUCUGAUGAUAGAUUUAAUGAAUAUUCAUUAAAUUCCCUCGUUUUUACAAUGGCACAUUAUGUUUCUUCCCAAUUGGAAUGUAUUACCAAUGGUGUCACAUGGGGUUUUCCAGAGAGUUUUAUUGAAGGUAAUGGAGGAAGUAUUAUUGGUGUAAAGGCAAAACUCCGUGAAAAAAUCAACAGAUUCCAUAUGGAUUGCGGAAAAGCCUAUCAAAAAGCAUUAAAAAAGGGUGCUCAGACUUCCCAUAUAGAUGUUAUGAGGACUGUGGUUGCAGCAGGUUUAGUUCACUAUUCAGAUAAAAGAUUAUUUGAAUAUCCUGUUAUCAAAUUGGAAAAUCUCCCAUCAGAAUUUGUUUUGGAAAAAUUUAAUAAAACAUAUGUUCCCAUGAUGUUUUAUUAUCGUAACAAAGCCACAACUAAGGAAGAUCAUGCUAUAGAUCAUGUUACAGGUCAAUGGCAAGUUACAACUCUACUUAAUCAACCUCGUGAUGAACAAUUAGUAUUCACCUUUAAAUUUAUUACCCCUCCAUGUAAAAAAUUUAAUUUAAGACUUCAUAUUGCUGCAUUUAAAUCCAAUGAAUAUACUGUCAAUGUAAAACAUAGAGAUGGUACUGUUUUUUCAAUCAAAACAAAUUCUUUAACCAAUAACUGUCCAACUAUGGAAGUAAUUAGACAAACUAUAAUUAAUGGUGGCCAAGUUCCAUCUGAUAUAAAGUAUGGAAUUUAUUCAAAAACAUUUGAAUUAUCAUCCCCUGUUACAUCAUUAGAAUUAAAGAUACUCAGUAUUCAUUCCUCAGGCAGCCAAUCUGAUUGUCUUCACUUUGAGGAUUUAAAUGUUACACUAUUGGAAUAG